CGUACCACACAUAGUCGGUCCCAGUGGUUCCCUGUUAGACGUUGUGCAUAUCAACGGCAUCUUUUGGAAAAGCAAACGAAGCAAUCAGAGAAAAAGCGAAAAGGAAAUUCCAUUUUCUAACCAAACGGAAUAUACCUACGAGUAUUUAAGAGCAUUAACGCCUACGCAGUCACUUUUUAGCGCGUUAAAUUUUGUUAAAAACUAAAUCUACUAAAAUGAAUAAGUUUUUGUUCGUGUUUGUUGCACUUUUUGGAGCCGCCGUUGCUCAGGAUAACUUCAAGUGUCCCGAUGACUUCGGUUUCUACCCACACGACGUUUCUUGCGACAAAUACUGGAAAUGCGACAACAAUGUUGCGGAGUUGAAGACCUGCGGCAAUGGUCUCGCUUUCGAUGCCUCAGACCCGAAAUUCCUGACGGAGAACUGCGACUACUUGCAUAAUGUGGAUUGCGGCGAUCGCUCUCAGUUGGAACCACCAAUUUCGACCCCACACUGCUCCCGCUUGUACGGUAUCUUCCCCGAUGAGAACAAAUGCGAUGUCUUCUGGAACUGUUGGAACGGCGAACCAUCCAGAUACCAGUGCUCUCCCGGUCUUGCCUACGAUCGUGAUGCCCGUGUGUGCAUGUGGGCCGAUCAAGUGCCAGAAUGCAAAAACGAAGAAGUCGCCAACGGUUUCAGUUGCCCCGCCGCCGGCGAACUUGCCAACGCUGGUUCCUUCUCGAGACACGCUCACCCCGAGGACUGCCGCAAGUACUACAUCUGCUUGGAGGGUGUUGCUCGUGAAUACGGUUGCCCCAUUGGCACAGUUUUCAAAAUUGGCGAUUCUGAUGGCAGUGGCAACUGCGAAGACCCAGAGGAUGUUCCCGGAUGCGAAGACUACUACGGCGAUUUGGACUUGAAGAGCAUCCGCAAAAGUGAACUCUUAGCUGGAUUGAAUAGCGAAGGUCGCACAAAGAACGCACCAAAAACCAAAGCAGCCGCUGCUUCCUCCUAAAAAACUCUAAAAAAAUCUCUCCCACGCAAUUUUCGUGAAACUCUGACUUUGUCCCCACUUUCUCACACAUGCACACACAAAAGAGAUGUAUAUUCACCUUGUACUUCAUAAAUUCUUCCACACAGCGAUGCGCCGAAGCUUUCGACUGUACUUUUCCUCCCACAAAAUUUUUUUCGCUAUCUCACCUACGGGCAGCUACAUUUCUCUUUGAGAGGGAUGCUGCCCCUUCUGUGGCGAUUUUCACACCGAAAUCAUGAACAAGCUUUGAAACAUUCACUUUAUUUAUAUAGAAACUCCAUUUUUGCUUGGAAAAUCCCAAAAUAUUAAUCAUGGUUUGAAAAAAAUUCAAAAGAGCGAAUAAGUAGUUAAAAAUCGGUAAGCGUUUCACUCUUUCUGAGGGAGAAAUGCUGAGCUUUUAAAGAUAUCACUUCUUUUUGGAGGAAUAAUGACUUGGCCGGUGAAAUUAAAUCGUUGAAGGUGAAAUAACAAAAGUUACAUGAAUAAGAAGAAGUUGAGUGUAAUCUGAAAUUGUCGCGUUAAUUUUAGAGAUUUUGUACGUUUAAGUGAUUAUUGAUUGUAAGUUUAUAAUUUUAUUAUAUAAAGAGAAAAGAAAAAGAAUGAAAAACCUAAAAUAAAAAAAAAAUAAAUAAA